CCUACUACUACUACUACUACAUAUAAUCCCUAAUCUCACCCUCGCAACCGAUUUAACCCGAGACGUAACACUCACACACAUACAUACGCCGCGUGCGCAUUACACACACACACGACACAAACAUUCACCAUGUCGGAAUCCCUGACCGCGAAGCAAGUCGCCGAGCACAACACGGUGGAGACGGGCUUGUACAUUAUCAUCGAUGGCGAUGUGUACAAGAUGGAUAGUUUUGUCGACGAGCAUCCUGGUGGCUCCAAGAUUCUGAAGAGGGUGGGUGGUAAGGAUGCUAGUAAGCAGUUUUGGAAGUACCAUAAUGAGCAUGUGCUCAAGAAGUAUGCGCCUAAGCUUAAGAUUGGGAGUGUGAAGGAGGAGGCUAAGUUGUAAGUUGUAGUAGAUGUGCAAUAUGAGAUUUUGAGAGUUUAUUUUUUUCGUACUACGUACGCCUUUUUCUUCUUCUUCUUUUUUUUUGGGCUUUGUCGCUGAGGUUGUUGUGUACACGCAUCAUGAUCUGGUUGAUGUAGAGCGAAAUUAACACUAUGCAUACUUGAUGAAAUGAUCAAUACUAACUACAAAUUACAAAAACUUCGGUCC